CCCUGCGCGCAGCCGCGGGUGGAAGGCGAGGACGGCGCUAGCACGCGUGCGCGCUCACUCGGUGCAGCUGGUCUGUGAGCGUAAGUGGGAGGUGGCAGGCCUCGGUCUCUGGCCUUGUCGACUGACUGAAUCCGCGCGACGCCUCCAGCCAUGAACCGGUUUGGUACCCGGCUAGUGGGAGCCACGGCGAUCCCGUCGCUGCCGCCGCCGAAACCCCGCAGUAAUGAAAACCUCGACAAAAUUGAUAUGUCUCUGGAUGAUAUCAUCAAAUUGAAUCGAAAGGAAGGAAAGAAGCAGAAUUUUCCACGACUAAAUAGAAGACUCCAGCAAAGUGGUGCCCGACAAUUCAGGAUGAGAGUACGAUGGGGAAUCCAACAGAAUUCUGGUUUUGGUAAGAAUAAUCUGAGCCGUAGAGGAAGAAUGAUGCCUGGGAAGAGACGUCCUUAUGGAGUUAUCACUGGCCUUGCAGCUAGGAAAACAACUGGAAUUCGAAAAGGAAUUAGUCCUAUGAAUCGACCGCCUCUAAGUGACAAGAAUAUAGAGAGAUAUUUUCCAGCGUUAAAAAGGAAGGCAAACCUUCUGAGACAAAAUGAAGUGCAGAGAAAACCAGUUGCCGUUCUUAAGAGACCUAACCAGCUAAAUAGAAAAAAUAACAUCCCAACCAAUUAUACCAGGAGUGGAAAUAAAUUAAGUCAUCAGAAAGACACUCGUCAGGCAACUUUUCUUUUCAGAAGAGGCCUGAAGGUUCAGGCCCAGUUGAACACAGAACAACUGCUAGAUGAUGUAGUAGCAAAGAGAACUCGUCAAUGGCGGACUUCCACCACAAAUGGAGGAAUUUUAACUGUAUCCAUUGAUAACCCUGGAGCAGUGCAGUGCCCAGUAACUCAGAAACCACGAUUAACUCGUACUGCUGUACCUUCAUUCUUGGCAAAACGGGAGCAAUCUGAUGUAAAGAAAGUCCCUAAAGGUGUUCCCCUGCAAUUUGAUAUAAAUAGUGUGGGAAAACAGACAGGGAUGACUUUGAAUGAGCGAUUUGGAAUCCUGAAGGAACAAAGAGCCACUCUCACAUUCAACAAAGGAGGAAGCCGCUUUGUAACCGUGGGAUAGAACCCAUGUUAAAGGGACUUUUCAGUGAUGACUCUGUUAAAAAAGUUGAAUUGCUUGAAGAGUUUAUCACAGAAAUUCAAGAAACUUUAUUUCAAAAUAUUCACAAGGCUAAAUACUCUUUUUAUUUUUGAAGUUUGUUUUUUUUUAACAUGUAUAAAUAAUGCCCUGAAAGAAUAACAGGGAAUAUGCCUACCUGUUGUUAAAGAUUUCUUGGUUGAGCCAGAUGGAACAAUUCUCUAGUUGACUUUUUGGUUCCUCAUACAGCAGAAAGACAGA